AUGGAAGAAUUGAAAAACUUCUCUAUUGAAAUUAAUGAAAAUCGUAUCGAUUUCCGAGUUACCGAUGAUCAGUUCACAUGUCUAGCCAAUGAUGAUGAAUAUCUUCUGGAGUAUAUAACAGAAGCUAUUGAAAAAGGAAAAAUACCAAACGUCAGGAGUAUUGAUGAUAUAACAAUAAAAAGAUUGAACCAUAGACAAAUUGAAGGAGACACAUCUGAAAGAGCUAGUGGAAAUGAAAAUUCAUUAGAAGAAAUGUUGAUAACACUUGUUUCACAAAACCCUCCACUGUAUGACUGUACUCUCCCUUUGAAAAAUAGGUCUUUGAAUAUCAGAAAUGAUAUAUGGUCAAGUCUUGUGGAGUUAUUACAGGAAGCUGGUUUUAGUGUGAAUGUUGAGGCAGUGAAGAAUAAAUGGAAAUACCUGAGAGACCAUUUCCUGAAACUUAGAGCAAUAGUUGAAAAACAUGUCCCUACUGGUAGUGCAGCUAGCUGUAUUGUCAAGCGGGAUAUUGAAAAAGCUAAAGCAUGGAAAUACUUCAACAGCAUGCAAUUUUUGAAAGAUUCUUCGGAAAAAAGAGCUACCACUUCUAGUUUGAAUAUUGCUCCAACUGUGGAUAAGGAGAACACUGUUGAGGAGAUUGAUAGAGCAACUUCCAGCUCAAAAAGGCGUAAAAAAGAAGAUGAGGCUUUCUUGAAUAAAUUACAAGAAAUCACUAACGUUCCACUUCCAGAAAUUCCCAAGAUGGAUGAAGUUGACAAUUUUUGCCAACAUUUAGCUGCUGGUUUGAGGCGAUUACCAAUACAGUCUAGAUAUAAAGUUGAAAUAGAAUUUUUAAGAAUUUUGGGGGAUGCUCAUGUUUUGAAUGAUGUGUAAUAUACAUUAAUCAAUGUUGUGUUUAGUUAAAAUUUUCGAAUAACUUUUUCAGUUGACUGAUGAAUUUUGUAAUAUUUGAUGUCUCAUAAGUUUUUC